AUGAUGGUCUCACGUUCCCCGUUUCCUAAUUGUGGUUGCCGGGUGCUGGUGCUACCUGAAAUCGUUGCCGUUCCUCACCUGUUCCACUCCUACCCUCCAGUCCUCCCAUUCUCCUCUGCUCUUCAACACCCAUCCCCUACGCACCUGCCGGGUCAUCUCCCCAUCGUGCCUGGUAUCAGAGGGUAUGAGGACGCGGGGGACUUCACAGCAAAGGAGCGGCUGCGCACGAGUGUGAGGACGAACCUGAUGCUCAUCGGCAUUGUGGGCGCCGUGGCCGUGGUGGGCAUCAUCAUCCUGCUCGCCACCAAGGAAAUGGCCUGGGACAACAUAGUGUCGCUGGCCAUAGGGGCGUCGAACGCGUUUGCGCUGAUAACGGGCGCGCUGCUGCUGGGGUACGGGCUGGUGGAGAUCCCAAGGGGCCUCUGGAGCCACGCGGACCUGGCAGAGCGCCACAAGUGGCUGUCCGUGCGCGUGGCCCGGGCGGCACAGAAGCUGGACCAGGCGCACCAGGAGCUCAGCACCGCCAUCGUGAUUGCUCAGGCGACCUCGCUGCAGAUGCCCCGCCAUGAUCCGCUGCGACCCAUGAUGGAGAUCAUCGACGCCAUGGCGAGUGAGGACGCGGGGUUCAAGCCAUCGGGCGGGCAGAUAGGCGAGAACGACAUGGACUACGACGCCGACGCCAAGAGCAUGGCCGCUCUCCGCCGCCGCCUGCGCAACGCCCAGGACAACUACUCGCGCUGCAAGACAGAGUACUGCACGGUGGUGUGGGAGGCGCUGCAGCUGGAGGAGACGCUGCACAACUGCUACCAGGGCACCGGCCGCUACACCUCCUACCUGCGCGCGCCCAGGAAGGGCUUCUUUGCUCCGCUCCUCGAUGUCGUGGGGGUGGCAGUGCUGCAUCAUCUGCUGCAGCACUGCCGCCCGAUAUCUGGAAGCACCUCAUCAUCCGUUCUCCCUCCUCUCCCCCUUUUCGCCCCGCCCCACCAUGCAGAGUGGUGGUGGCGCUGUGCCAUCCGCAGCCACGUGGUGCGGGCCUUCGCCCUGCUCCUCGGCCUCAUCUCCCUCGCCAUCCUCUUUGCUGAAGCCACCUUGCUCUCCCAAAAAUGGGUCGACCUCUCGCUCUUCUCCGUGCUCGUGCGCGCCGCCGCGCUGCACGGGGAGGCGGUGCAGCUGAUAGUGUUUGUGCCGCUGGUGUACCUGUGUGUGUGCACCUACUUCUCACUCUUCAAGCUCGGCAUGUUCUCCUUCUACUACCUCGUGCCCGCUCACACCGACUCUGUCUCACUCCUCAUCAACUGCUCCAUGGUGUCGCGGUAUGCGGCCCCCAUGUGCUACAACUUCCUCAGCCUCAUCCACCUGCGCCACUACAACUACGGCACCGGCUCCGUUGAGCCCCUCGUCACCGUCUUUGAAAAGCGCAUGGGGGUGCUGCCCAAGUCGUUUGACCGUGUGUACCCGCUGUGCAUGGUGGCGUGGUCGCUGCUGAUCGCGCUCAACGUGCACCACCGCCUCUUUGACUCCGUCACGCACCUCCUCUCGCACUUCCGCGGCCUCUACAGCCGCACCUGGCGCCGCCUGCGCUUUGACGACGAUGGCGAAGGGGAGGACGUGGGCGUGGAUGGGCGCAGGGUGGUUGUCAAGGGCCACAUGAUACUGCAACGAGGUGCGUGCGAGAGGGAGGGGGGCAAAGGAUGGGCUGUAGGGUUAGCUGUGGGAUCAACCCAUCCCAUGCUGGCAUCGUCCCUCAUUGGAUCGCUACCCGUGUGCCUGUCUAAACCCCCUAUCCCACCAGAGCGGGCGACCAUAGAGCGUGGGCUGCCAGUGGGUGAGAGCGUGGUGCCCCUGGCGCGCCACUUCUCCUCCAAGGACCUCCAUGCCUCCUCCUCCGCCUCCUCCCUGCUCUCAGGCCACUACUCCACACCCACUGUACGUACCUGCUCCCCGACCCUCCAUAUUUUUUCAAUUCCCCUCACUCCCACCGCCCCACUUCUCUCUCUUUCUCUCGUUCCCACUUUCUCCUUUUCCCUGUCACUUGACCUCUCCCUUUUCACUGCGAUUUCCUUCUCACACACUUUUCACUGCAAUUUCCUUCUCACACACUUUUCACUGCGAUUUCCUUCUCACACACUUUUCACUGCGAUUUCCUUCUCACACACUUUUCACUAUCGCUCUUCUCCCCUGCCCCUGUAUAUCCCCCCCUGGCAUCUGCACGCCCAUGGCCAUCAGAAGGUGCCUCACACGGACCCCAGCUCCUCCUCCGCCGACCCGCUGCUUGAAUCACGCCUGGCUGCAGUGAGGCCUGCAGGGGGCAAGCCUGCCGCUGACAGUGCCAGCAACAAGGACCCUGAGUCGGCGUCCUUGCUCAGAGCAGCAGACACCAGUUCCGCUUCACUCAAAUUCUCUGGCAUCAUCGCUGCUGGUGGGUCAUCUGCUGGCGGCAGUGCCAGGAAGCCCCAGCGGCCUCCUGUAGGGGGUGCUUCAGGUGCUUCAUCAGGUGCUGCCUCUCCAGCAGCAGGUGUGGCAGGCAGGGUGGGGCUGGAAGCGAGCAUCAAGUCAAGCUCAGUGGGCGAUCUGCUUCCCCUGGGUCGAGAGAAGUCAAGGCAGGCCUCUGUCCCUGGCAGUCCCCUCUUGCUCUCUCGAGCCGCCUCUCCCCUUGUUACUGCUAGGCUUCCACCCAUCAGCACCUCUGCUCACUCCACUCCACACCAUCUUUCCGCUGCUGUAGCUGCUGCUCCUGCUGGCAGUGCGACACCCACCCGCCCUCUCUCGCCUCCCUCUCUCCUCUCUUCUGCUCUGGGCCUAAGCUCUGCAGCAAUGGUGUCAACCCCACAGCGGUACUUCUGGGUCGGGCAGGCCACAGCAGCAAUGGCAGCAGGUGCAGGAGUGCAGCAAGAAUCGGGUUCUCCGCAAAGGAGCGGCCAUGCAGUGGGUGUAUCACCUACAGAGUCCCCAUUAAUCUCGCCAGGCCAAAGAGGAGCCGCAGCAGGUUCCGGUUCAGGUGGGACCAUCCCUGGCAGCAGUAGCAGCAGCAGCCAUUGGUCUCAAACGCUGCUGGAGUCUCGCUGGUCUCAGGCUGUCACAUCCCGGCUGCAGGAUGCCUCAUCCAGCAGCACAAUGGGCAGGUUGAGGGACAUUCUAGGGAGCCCACGGCAACACAGUAAAGAUGAAGGGGGUGCAGAUACAACGGGAGGGAGUGGAGGUGGGUUGACACAAGAGGUUGCUCCGGAUCUGGACAGUAUUUUUGAGAGCUUGCAUGCACGGCGAGCUGCAGCGCACACGGACGAUGAUAUGGAUGAUUUUGAAGAUCAACAUGGAUUGCUACCGACAGGAAGGGAGCAGCAAAGUAGACGAAAGUGA